AACAGUCUAAAAUUUUUGCACAUUGUAUGACACUGAUACAUUUAAUUGUUUUGGAGAGAAUCAUUUGUUUUAGUAUUGUUUCGACCUCCCCCUCCGUGAGAUGCAACGUUACUAAGUAGCAUCCUUCCUUGAGCUGUGAGGUUUGAGUUUUACAGAUUUGUAUUUUAUUGUAUGUUUUAACCCACAUAUAGUUAAAAUCACAAUGUCGGUGGCGUUUGCACCUCACAGACCGCGCGGAAAGGGUGAUAUAACACCCGCGGGCAUUCAAAAGUUACUGGAUGAAAACAACCAACUGAUACAGUGCAUAAUGGAUUUCCAGAGCAAAGGAAAGACGGCUGAAUGUUCACAGUACCAACAGAUGCUCCACAGAAACCUUGUAUACCUGGCUACGAUAGCAGACUCCAAUCAGAACAUGCAAUCUCUUCUUCCUGCUCCCCCAACCCAGAACAUGCCUAUGCCGGGUGGCAUGAACCAGAGCGGCCCCCCUCCCCAGGCCCCCCACGGACACAACAUGCCCUCCGAGGGCCCACCUGCCGCACACAUGCAGAGCCAGAUGAAUGGACAGAUGCCUGGCCCUAACCACAUGCCCAUGCAGGGCCCUGGGCCCAACCAGCCCCCCAACAUGCCCAGCGGUGCCAUGAACAUGCCCCCCAGCAGCCACGGCUCCAUGGGCGGCUACAACCACGCCGUGCCCUCCUCACAGGGCAUGCCCACUCAAGGCCAGAUGAACAUGAGCCAAGGCCAGCCAAUGGGAAGCUACGGCCCUCGACCCAGCAUGAACAUGCAGCCCAGUCAAGGUCCUAUGAUGCACCAGCAGCCACCCUCCCAGCAGUACAACAUGCCCCCUGGUGGCGCCGGGCAGCACUACCAGGGCCAGCAGAAUCCCAUGGGCAUGAUGGGCCAGGUGAACCAGGGCAACCACGUCAUGAGCCAGAGACCCAUGCCCCCCUACAGGCCACCACAGCAAGGUCCUCCUCAGCAGUACCCAGGCCAGGAGGAGUACUAUGGAGAACAGUACAGUCACGGUGGGCAGGGAGCUCCUGAAGGUGGAGCAAAGAACUUACAGAAGCUUGUUACAAACCCUGGAAGUGCACAGUAUGCCCAGCAGCAGGAGGCCUACCAGCAGGGCCCCCCCCAACAGCAGGGCUACCCGCCCCAGCAGCAGUAUCCUGGACAGCAGGGCUACCCCGGUCAGCAGCAAGGCUACGGUCCAUCUCAAGGAGGCCCUGGGCAGUAUCCUAACUACCCUCAGGGUCAAGGCCAGCAGUACGCAGCCUACAGGGCCCCACAACCAGGACCUCCACAAGCUCAGCAACAGCGUCCCUAUGGCUAUGAACAGGUAGGUGCACACCAAGGGGUAGGUGCUAAAGCAACAAGUCACUCUUGAUGUCUCUCUUUCCCCCCAGACUUAAUGUAGAGAGACAUUUGGUGCCCUCUCAUUCUCUAGGUAGUGUGCAGGGAACAGUCCAUGAGACCAAGAAUUUGGGUAGCUGUAAAUAUGUGAUCUCUACUGUGAUCUGUGGGUAAUUAAGUCACGUUUAACAUGAAGUCAGACCAGGAAAUUGUUUAUUUAGGUGGCACAAGUAAUUGCAUGCUAGGGGCUGAGAGAAAUCUAUUGUGAUUUUCUGUGCCCUUAAAUGUGUGUGUGUGUGUGUGUGUUUGUAAAUCCAUACAGUGCAAGUGGGACUCUUAUUGUGGGAGUAAUCUAGCUGAGGUUUGCAAAGAUGGCUAAAAGGGGCUUCCUCUCAGUGGUUGGUCCUAAAGCAUCCUAGGCAAUGCAGCUUGCAUGAUGUUGACCUCGUCCUUAAUAAAGAGCGCCCAUGUGGCACGAGGCGAGAGCCAAGGGAGGCCACGGUCCACUGUGACUGGGAAGCCUCUCUUGUCUCCCCUGGGCAGUGUCCAGCACCAGAGCUGAGUGUUGCCCUGUAUUUGAUAUGUGUGGUCCUGAGCGGGGGCCACAGCCACCCUUUUGAUAUCUCUAUCUUUGAAUAUUCAGGGACACAUGAGGAAAUAAAGGACCGGGUAUUUCAACCCCUGACUAGAUCUGUAAGAAGCAAAGGUAAUGGUUGCUGUGGAGACGUCGACAUCAAAUCUAGACGUUUUGACUACUAGCCUUGAUUUUUUUUUUGUUUGUUUUGUUUUGUUUUUUAUUUUGUUUCCUUUUGUUGUUUUGUUUGAUUUAUUUUUUAUUUAUCUCCACUUCCCUCUUCUCCUAUUAUGUCUACUUUCUGUCUUUAUUUUACAUUGUUUUGUAAUCAGGGGUCGAAAUAAUCCUCAAGGUCCUUGUAAGCAAUUCUGGGCAAAAACAGCUAGGCUGCUGUUUUGAAUUGAAGGCUCUGUGGGGGGGAAACAUAAAACAGUUAAGCUUCCAGCAUAUUUCUUGUCCAAAUGAUCUACAAAAUAAUAAAUGUCGAAACGGCAAAAUAAAGUGUCUACCGGGAAAGGUUGAUCAACUGUGUGAAUCAGUUGAACUCAAAAAAAGGGUUAUUUGUCUUGCAACUUGUAAACAUCCAAUUACGGAUGCAACUUUGAAAGAUGAAAAGCCAUUUUCGACCCCUGUUUAGAAAUGUCCAUGUAAAAUAUUUCAGGUCUUAAGUUGAAAAUGGCAUUCCGAGUUCUCUGCAUUAUAGUUUAACCUUACAAGUGCUGCUCCUUCUGCACUCAUGACGUCCUCUUUUUUCUGCAUUUAAUUUCCUCAUAACUGAAGCCAUGCUGCCAUCUCCUGGUCAAACAAUGCCAACACACCUGUUAAGAAUAUACAAUAGCUCUGGUAGCAGUAACUGCCUGCAUUCUCACAAGGAUGAACUGCGUCAGACACCCAAGUGUUGUCCAGACCUCUGAUUAUGUCCACCUUUGCUCUUUUCCUUCCAGGGUCAGUAUGGAAACUACCAGCAGUGAAAACACACAAAAGGCAUUGCACUUCCACGAGCGCUCACUCAUAGUGCUCCCCUCUCUGGACCUGUAGAAGGGCUAUUGCUCUCUGAGACCCACCCACCAACACACACACACACACACACACACACACACACACACACAAUUUGGUUAUGAAAACAUAUCUGCCCUAGAUUACACACUCUGUGUGUCUCCGUAUCUCUGCCUCUCUUACACGCACGCACACACACGCACACACACACACAGAAAGAUACUUUUCUUUGUAAUGUGAAGACUGAGCGAUUUGUAAAGUUUUUUUUUCUUUCCUUUUUUCUUGCUUGUUUAAACAGCUGAUUUUUUUUAUUAUGAAUAUAAUGAUUUUUGACAUUACCACUUUUUCUUGUGAGCAUUUUGGGCCAUCUGAAAGCAGCGAUGCCUUAAGUGCUUCAGAGCUGCCUUCUCACCCUAUUGUACGUUUCUGAUCUUUGUUUCGGUUCCAGAUCAGGCUACAUGCUCACAACACUAAUCAUGCCCCUGUCAGUUCCAAGGUGGUGAUGUGCACAGCCCUUAAGGCUUGGCUAUGAGUGGACUCCUGUAUAGUAAGCAAUAAUGUGACCGCGAGAAGGAGGCUCUCGAGCUGUGACCUUGUACCAGGGAAUAGGAAUUUGUGACCAGGUGAAAACAACAAGUCAUUAUGUGUACAAAUGUAUUUACGCUUCUUAGAUAGAGCUGAAUUUGUUGAGCGGAUUUGGGAACUAGUUCUGAGCUGGCCUGCCUCCAGAACGAACAUACACACACACACACACACACACACACACACACACACACUCGCACUCUCCACAGUCACUUUUUGUGUUAGGAUUUGUUUCAAAUGCAUUGAGGGGUCUCAUCUCACGCUGCUUCUGUUUGCUUACCAGUCUAUAUUGUGUUUCAUUAUCUCAGAUGCCACUGCAUUAUUUUUCAGUUGUUCACUAGGGACUCUUCCACUUUAAACUGAAAUGAGUGAACUGUACAUAGUCAUUUUUUUUUUCUUGGAAUAAACAGCUGGCGUGAACACAUUCAAAUGUAAUAAGUGAGGAGCAAAGUUAUUAAAGCAUUUUUUGGGCCAAUGUUGCAAAUGACUAGGAGGUAUAGCAUUUUUUUUUUUUUUUUUUUUUGAAAAUUGUUAACAAAGUAAACACUCCAUGAUUGUAACACACACACUAUCAAAUUCUUUUUUUCAGAGAGUUGGUAAAGAGUAGCCAGUGUCCACUUUUACUCUCUGAAUGCACCAAGACAUUGUGGACUUUGAGUUAAAAACUAGAGUGUGAAACUAAUUCAUAUGAAACAUCAUGUCUCUGUGACAGUGGUUGAUGUCCUUUGGGUUUUUAGAUUUAUGUCCUUUAUAUACAGCGUGGCUUUGACAAAAAAGAGAAAAAAACACAGUAUUUGCUCAAAUGAACAGUUUUAUAUGUAAAGGAGUCCCGUUGUGCGAUCUCCGGAUUUACGUUAGACGUUGAUGUCCUAAUGAUUUACAGUAAUUUGCAGUGAGACUCUUGUGUAGUCCGCAGACAGGAGCUCUAGAAACAUGUUGCUCUCUGUUAUUGUAAAGGCCUUGAUUUGUUGUCUGCUUCCUCUCUGAGGGGGUCAUCGCUGUCUGUGGUUUCACCACCCUGUAAAGCUCUAUGUCUCUGUAACUGAACAAAAUGUCAGAAUAAAUUAUUGUGACUUUUUUCAUAA